CUUGACCACCGCUCAAAAGUGCGAGAAGAUCAAAACAAAAACAAAUGGUGUAAUAUUAUCACUAGCUAAUCAUCAUAUGUGCACAAUAAAACAAAACAGAAGUUCAAUGGCUCUAUAUUACAUAGAUACAAAUUCAAAGGAAAUAAGUCUAAUUACCCGAUAUCGAAGAUCGUCAGAUCUUAAUCAGGCGAAUACCAUAGCGACCGAAGAAUAUGAUUACGGGGACAUUACUGGUUACGCCUAUGAGGGUGCUCAGGCACCUAGAAAUAAUUUCAUUCCUCCUGGUAAAUUGAGCACCAAAUUCAACUUAAUUUUGAAGAAAAACUAUAAAAAUGGAUAUGAUCAUCCUCAAAGAGAUUACACAUCCGAUUAUGAGGGACAUUCGGAGCGUCAUAAUUCUUUAAGCGAUUUCUCGAACCAGAAGAAAGAAAUAAAUUUCAAGGACAUAUCGGACAUCGCACUUACAACAUUAGCAUUUUUAUCGUUCGGAAUGUUUACUCUCCAAGUGCUUAUGUGCAUAGUUAUGGUAACGUAUUUUUUUUAUGAAAAAACCAUUUACUCGUUACCCAACUAUAGAAAGUUUAAGUUAGAUCGACUAAUUUGGAGAUCGACUCCUCUAGUGAUCUUGAUCUAA